UGAGAAGGAACUAAUGUGCAGAAAUAAUGGAAUUUAUGAGGGUAAACUACUAUAUUUGUGAGUGGUUUGUCCGUGUCCAUGUCUCUCUCUCUAUAUAUAUGGGGAAAUUUUUUUUCUCGGAAAAUAUAGAGUUUUUAUCCGGUGAUUGAGCGUCAUACAAAAGUUUGUAAACCUCCAAACGGCUAUACAAGCCACACAGAGAGGGAGGGAAAGGGAGAGAAAUAGGGAUUGUUUGGGAUUUUGCGGGAUUACAGUUGCCGGAUUUUUCUAUUGGGAGUUUUAGGUUGGGAGGGUGCUGAUUGAAGAGGACAGAACAAAAGUUUUUGAUUUGGGUUCUGAGUUAUCUCUUUCUCUCUCAAUUUUGUUUUGAGGGAGAGGGGGUUAAUCAGAGGAUUUGGUUGAGCAUUUGUGUCUUUUUUUUGGUCAAUUUUAUAGAGUGGUAUUAGAAUUUGAUUCUAGAAAUUUUUGUGUUAGUAAUCAUGUCUGAUGGGUAUUACAGUUCGAAGAAGACUGAUGAUAUAUGUGAAGAUGUUUGUGGGAAGGACUCCCGUGUAGCUUUGAGCAUGUCAAGACUGAAGUGUAUUUUGCGAGGACUGGAUUUGAAGACGUAUAUAUUCUUGUUUGUGGUUGUUCCACUAGGAGUUUUUGGAUUGUAUUUGCAUGGUCAGAAGAUCUCCUAUUUUCUCAGACCAUUAUGGGAAUCUCCUCCAAAGCCUUUCCAUAUAAUUCCUCACUACUAUCACGAGAAUGCUUCAAUGGAGACGCUUUGCAGGCUUCACGGAUGGGGGAUUCGUGAAUCACCAAGACGUGUUUUUGAUGCAGUUCUAUUCAGUAAUGAAGUAGAUAUUCUUACAAUUCGAUGGAAGGAAUUGUAUCCUUACAUAACCCAGUUUGUACUUCUUGAAUCAAACUCAACAUUUACUGGCCUACCCAAACCAUUAGUCUUUGCUAGUAAUCGGGAUAAGUUCAAAUUUAUAGAGUCCCGUUUGACUUAUGGAACUAUUGGGGGGAGAUUUAGGAAAGGGGAAAACCCCUUUGUGGAAGAGGCCUAUCAGCGCGUAGCACUGGACCAGCUUAUUAGAAUAGCUGGUAUAGAAAAUGAUGACUUGUUGAUAAUGUCUGAUGUUGAUGAGAUCCCAAGUGCCCACACAAUUAAUCUCUUGAGGUGGUGUGAUAAUAUCCCACCUAUCCUUCAUCUUCAGCUGAGAAAUUACUUGUACUCUUUUGAGUAUUAUGUGGAUAAUAAGAGCUGGCGGGCUUCAAUUCACAACUACCACGUUGGGAAAACUAGAUAUGCACAUUAUCGGCAGGCUGAUAUCCUCUUGUCAGAUGCAGGUUGGCAUUGCAGCUUUUGUUUCCGCUACAUUAGUGACUUCAUAUUUAAGAUGAAAGCUUACAGCCAUUAUGAUCGGGUUAGAUUUCCGCAUUACUUGAACCCCAAAAGGAUUCAGGAUGUGAUCUGUAAGGGGGCUAACCUAUUUGAUAUGCUUCCUGAGGAAUAUACAUUUAAGGAGAUCAUAGGGAAAUUGGGUCCUAUUCCUCAUUCUUACUCAGCAGUUCACCUUCCUUCGUAUUUAUUGAAUAAUGCUGAUAAGUACAAAUAUCUCUUGCCUGGUAACUGCCAGCGAGAACGUGGCUGAACUGCUGAAGUUCAUGGAAGACAAGACACAUUUAGAAAAUGUUGGAGGUGCUCAUUGUUCUUUACAGCAAAAAUAGCUUGUACUAGACACUCGAUGGUGAUGUGGGUAUCGGUGCAGCUGUACCUUUUAUCCAACCGAUCCAUGUCAUUCUUUAGAGAGAUGUUGGGAUAAGUUUGAUGGGUUCUUGGAAAUAUAAUGGAAAUAGUGCAAUCUUUUUUCUGGUCUUGGAUUUCUUCCAUUUGAGAGGCAGUUUUUGCCGGUGGUAACUUGUUGUGAGAGAAGACUAGCUCUUUAUGGCUUUGGUAAACAUGCAUGCCACCAUCUUGUUGGUCCAGCAUCCCCCCCUGAAUUUCAUAGAGUAAAAUGACAUUUUCCCAGGUUUUUUCCGUGAUGGGAAUUUUGAAUUUUCAUUAAUUUAUUAUAUACCUAGCUCAUUACUAUUUCUUUUAUUGUCUGAUUUCUGUUGAUGCUUCCAUUGAUUAAAUUUCUGAUUUAGUCAUUUUAGACACCAUUGCA